GAAUGGAAGAAAGGAAGGAACCCUACACAUACAGUAAUACAAAGAAGUAGCAAACAAGGAGUAUAGAGUAGCAUCAGGUACAAUCUUUGUCUUUCCUAAAAAUACAAACAAACUUAAAUACAUAUUUUGAGCCAUGAACGACACUUGCACUCUUUGGUCCCCUCUCUAAUGAAUCCAUUUCACUCUGAAACAUCAUGCAUAGAUUCCGGUUUGAACACCAACACUCCACCUAGACCGUUAACAUGGUGAUUGGUAUUCCACCAUUCCAUGCAAUACGGAGGGGGACCAGUAUGAUCUAUUGACCAAAUUUAUGACCACUUAACCCACCAAAAUACCCUCAAAACCCCCAUUACAGACUUCUGGGGAAGACACACAAUGCACACACAUCACACGUAUUUAUUUCUUACCGCUUUAGCAAUCUCUCCAGUACAAUCCAUGUUCAUCAUGGUACCAAUAUUAUUGAAAACUCUAGGGUUUUGAGUUGACAUGUGUUUAAAUUUAGAUCUGUGUGUCCGUGUCAGCACCCAUCAACAUUGUUUUCCCCUUUGCAAUGGGGGGAAUUCAUGGCCAUUUAGCUUUGGUUGAAAAAUGAUUCGUUUUUCUUUACCCAUGAGACAUGGUACGUCAAGGGCUUCCCUAGAAAACGAUGGAUACACAUGGUGCCAAAUCAAAACCUAGACUAUGUAGCAGGCCCAUGUUCCGGUUUCCAUAACCAUGAAAUAGAAACAAUUAUAAGAAACAACGCAGAUCGAAAUUGUACACUAAUCCAAUGUUACACAACCUCUUUAAUCGAUGGGCCACUUAGAUUUUCUACAUUUGGAUGCACGUAAUCCUGACCCACAACAACAAGCUUUUGGAAAGCUUUUUCCACUCCCAAAAGCUUCUUCCUUUCCAAUUCUUUUCAGGCCCUCUACUCUCCCUUUGCACAACAAAAUAUUUAUCCAAAAUUGAACCAUAUAUCACUACUUCCACCAUCACACACGACAUUACCAGUUCCACUUUCUAAACUACACACACUUCCUUUUUACAACUAAGUUUGUUUUCUUGCUUUAGCUUGCAAUCACAACUUACACUGCUGCUUUUACUUUACCCUAUUUGAAAGACCCACUUGGUCCUGGUCCUGGUUAGUUUCACUGUUGGCGUUGUUGGAACUGCGUGCUCCCGUGCAUGUCUGAAACCCUUUUCGGCCACGUUCAAUUUUAGUCCUGGUGUGAGGCUUUAUAUAUGUCAUGCAACCCACGUGGAGGAAGAAGAUGUGCCUAAAGCCCAGAAGGCACGAAACUGUUGUCUACGUGGAAGGGUGCUCGCUAAGUGACCAAACCUUAAGAAAUAAAAAAAAAACAGUGAUCGCUCUGGUUGUUUUAACAGCACACAUUAUGUUUUGUUUAGGCCUUAAUUGGUGUCACCGUUCCACAAUGUCAUUCACUUCUUAUACCCCACUCUUUUGCCUUUAUGCCAACUUUUUCCUCUCUUGUGGCCCCAGCCCCUUCACCUCCAAUUCCAAAUACCCUUCUUUCUUUCUCUCUCUCUAUUUAUUAUCCUACAAACAAAGAGUGUCAAAACAGACACUGAUAUAGAGUUAUCUAACGUCUCAUCCCCACACUAGAGAGAACUAAAAAGCAUUCAACACCUUCACAAACACAGAGUGAGAGAAGGAUGGGGAAUCACAGGUUUAGAUUAUCAGAUAUGAUUCCGAAUGCUUGGUUUUACAAGCUCAGGGAUAUGGGGAAGGGAAGAAAGCAAAACACCACACUCUCUGGGAAGAAGAAGCAAACUUCAUCCAUUUCAAUCACUUCAACCACUUCAACCACACAUUCAUCAAAACCAAACCAACCCCUCCACCAAUACAACAACAACAACAACCCCAGAAAGUCAUACUACAUCACAAGAGACCUCAAAACCUCACCCUCAAACACCCCGAAAUUUUCCCCUCCCAGAAAAUCAACCAAACAAAGAACCAAAAGAAGAGCUCCAAGAACCACAAAGUUUGUUUCCUCAGGUUGUAGCUGUCGCAGCACACUCGAAUCCAUGUGGACCAAAUCAGAUUCACCGCAGGAACACUCUUCCUCAUCCCCAUUUGACUCCUCACCCGAGUCAGAGUCCCCAGAAUUCAGAACAGACCGUGUUCUCCCGUGUUCUUCAUCGUUCGAUGAAAUGGUUUCCUUGUCAACCACCUCUUGCGCCUCUUGCAAGCUUAACACAAACAAAAACAACCCCCCCACCAACGACAUCAUCAUCGACGUCGACAAAAACUCCAUACCAAGAAAGGAUAACAAGCUUGAUGGCUACUACAGUUACAACAACAGCCGCAACAACGACUUUGAUGACACCUUCUCAGAACUUGAGCUUCCUCCGAUCAUAACCAAGCCACCCAAAUUGUUAAAGAAGAGAGAACUCAAACAAGGGUCGUUGAAGGUGAGAGUUGUGAAGGAAGAGUCUGCAACGAAGGAACAGAGGAACGGUGGUUCUGUGAGGCGGUUCUCUGUGAAUUCUCCGGGGAUGAGGUUGAGGGUCCACUCGCCCAAAAUCGCCGGAUGGAAGGGGCGGAAAAGUGUGUCGUCGACGGCGAGUUCCGGCUCCCGGAGAAGCCUCUCGGAGAGUUUUGCGGUUGUGAAGUCUUCUUUUGACCCACAGAAGGAUUUCAGGGAGUCCAUGGUGGAGAUGAUUGUGGAGAACAACAUAAGGGCAUCCAAGGACUUGGAGGAUCUACUUGCUUGCUACCUUUCUCUCAAUUCAGAUCAGUAUCACGACCUCAUCAUCAAAGUCUUCAAGCAAAUUUGGUUUGAUUUGACUCAACCAAGAGCUGCAUAGAGACUGUGUGGUAGGGUCAAUGGCAGGUAACCGUGAAGAAUGGUGUCUACAAAGGCAUUGUUUUAUUGAGUGCAUAGGAAGGCAAAAAAAAAAAAAAAAACUUGGGCAUGCUGGUUUUGUUUCAUUUUACUUAAACACCAAAAUUUGCGUCAGAAA